GUUUUUUUGUUUUGACAAGCGGUGCUCUGAGUUAAUGACAGAAGAGGGGAGCCGGUGACAGCUAGCUUUGAUUUUAUUAAUGGUUCUGUCCGCGUUAUUAAACCUAUGUGCUCCUGUCAGAGCGCCGCCGAGUCCGCGAACAGAGCCGGUCUAGAGAGGUCUGUGCGGGCCGGAGAAUUUCAGGCCGUUUUACGGCUUUGUAGUUCACGUCCAGCUUCGCAGCAGCAGCAGUAGCUAGCUUAGCUAACUUAGCUUGGCUAACCUGUGUUAGCUUAGCCUAGCCACCCCUCAAACUUCCUCUGCGGCCGUUUGAAUAAGGAAGCAGCAGCAGCAGCCUGUUAGCUUAGCCAGGCUCUGCUAGGCGCGUAAACACAGCUCGCCAUGGAGGGUGUGUCCGAGUGAGCGCGUAUCUCUGUCCGGGUAAAUACAGCGCCUUUUCUCGGGAGAAAUGGGCGACGGAGCGAAGGCUCAGCGCCGGGAGCAGCUGAAGCGCUGGUCGGGCUCCUGUACGGACCAAGAACCGGCGGUUCCGCGGAGGCGCUGGAGGGGCGAGGAAGAGGAGGAGGAGGGCGACGAGGAUGAAGGCGAGGCGGUUCUGGAGGGGAGACUGCGGGAUGGAGACGGACCUGUGCGGAAAAAGAAGAUUAAACGAAGGCGGCGUGUUCGCUUUGAGAGGACAGCAGAGUUCCUGGCAGUAUGCGCCAGCGGAGACACGGAGGAGGCGAAGGAGAUGCUGAGAGAAGCCCGGCAGAAAAGCAGUGGAGAAAACGUCGAAGACAAUGUGGUCAACUGUGCCAAUGCAGAUGGAAUUACAGCUUUGCACCAGGCGUGCAUCGAUGGCAGUGUGGAGGUGGUGACCUUCCUGCUGUCUCAGGGUGCUAAUGUGAACCAGGUGGACAAUGAGGGCUGGACCCCUCUUCAUGUGGCAGCUUCCUGUGGGAACAUGGAGAUUACUGAAUACUUGCUAAAGCAUGGUGCGGCCCUCAGCUCAGUGAACUGUGAUGGUGACGUACCGUUAGACAUUGCUGAAGACGAAGCCAUGGAGGCGCUACUGCAGGCGCACACUCGGAAACAGGGUGUGGACCUGGAGACAGCUAAGCGGUUGGAGGAGGAGUUGAUAAUGCGUGAUGCCCGCAGUUGGCUUACUGACGGACUACCCGCUGACCUGUGCCACCCCAGGACCGGAGCCACGCCGCUGCACGUCGCUGCUGCCAAGGGCUACCUGGAGGCCAUCAAGUUGCUGUGUCAGUGCGGGUUGGAUGUAUCUGCUAAAGACUGGGACGGCUGGACUCCGCUCCACGCUGCAGCACACUGGUGCCAGAGAGAGGCCUGCAGCCUCUUGGCAGAGCAACUAUGUGACAUGGAGGCCCGCAGCAAUGGGGGUCAGACUCCAUUCGAUGUGGCCGAUGAAAGUUUGGUGGCUUUUCUGGAGGAGCUUUCUCAGAGACAAGCUAAUUGGCGGACUGAACAGGCCAUUAACGAUAAACAGAAUGCACAAGCAGCCAGUAAUGGCAACGCCGCAAACAAAAGGCGCAGGAGUUCAGUGUGUAGGAUGAGCAGCCGAGAAAAGAUGAGUGUACAGGAUCAGUCAAAGGAAAGAGGGGUCUCUGGUGGGCUUGAGCUAAAUGAGGACAGAGAGAGCAGUCCCGGUAAAACACACCUACCAAAAGGUUCGACAAUAUCGAGUCCAGACACAGAAAGCGUCACUACCUCCACAGUCAGUCCAGCUGACAAGACUCCUGAAGAGAAAGAAGCCGAGGAGAAAGAUCAAGAGCAAGAGAGACACACAGCUCGUGUUCCUCCCACCCUGCAGAGGCUCGACUCAACUGGGGAAAGCCCCAGCGGCUCUGGUGAUGGUAAAAAGUUCCAGGCUCCAGUUAGAGAUGAGGAAUCAGAGUCUCAGAGGAAAGCUCGCUCUCGUCUCAUGCGCCAGUCACGUCGCUCCACUCAGGGUGUGACCUUGACUGAUCUUAAGGAGGCAGAGCGAACCAUUAGCAGGACCACGGAGCCUCAGCGCACUCUUCAGCCUGUUAGCCCUGUUGUCACGGUAACACCAGCAGAGAGAGACACAGACACAGAGCAGAUAAAGUCUUCUGGAUCUGAAGGAGACUCCAAACUGGCAGUGAGGGAUCGGCGCAGAGCAAGAAAAGAGAGACGAUCAACAGGCAUUGAUUCAUUAUUAGGAGAGACUGAGGACUUGGAUGUGAAUAUUCCUGCAAAGGAAGACAGCACUAAAAGUGCUCCUCAGCCAGAAGAUACAAAACUGUCAUUAUCACUGGAUUUUAGAAAGUUGUAUGUGGAUGUGCUGAAGGAGAACACAACGCUGAAAGAGAAGCUCCAGGAGACACAGUUGCAGCUCAGUGAGAGCAAGGUGGAACUGGAGCGUCUCAGACAGAAUCAGGAGAAUGGCUGUGAGCGACCUGCCCUGCUGGAACUAGAGAGAUUUGAGAAGAAAGCACUUCAGAGGAAAGCAUCAGAGCUCGAGGAUGAGCUGAAGAUUCUUGUCGAUCUGCGCGCUGACAACCAGAGGCUGAAAGACGAGAAUGCUGCGCUCAUUCGCGUCAUCAGCAAGCUGUCAAGAUGAGCCCCUGUAUCCCUGUGUGCCACCAUUGCCCUGAAACCACUAGGUGGCACCACUGUCCCUCUCUGCCCAUCUCUGCCCAGAAUAAACUGGAACAAUGCAUUUCUCUUUUCUGCACAGCCAUAACACACAGCACCUGUGCGUGUAUGUGUGUGUAUGCGUGCGUGCGUGCGUGUGCGUGUGUGGGUAUGUGUGUGUAUGCGUGCGUGCGUGCUUGUGUGGAUCUGGUCAGGAGUCUGACCUUUAUAAACUGCUGUUGCACAUUUUAUCGGUGAAGCCCAAACAACAAAAGCUAGAUUCAGCAUAACCAGGGUUCAACGAGCUUCACCUCAUUGUGCACAAUUGUUAGGACAUUUGAAACUCCUUAGGGUGUAGUUUUCUCAAGUCUAGGACCUGCAAAGCUGCAGUUCUAGUAGAACAGUUCUAGAUCUUUCCGUGCUUUGUGCGAAUUCUAGCUGCAUGUAGUUUAGCGAACUUUAACUCUUGACCCAGCUCUGCUGUACUUCUCAAACCUCAAGCUAGCACAGGAUCAUAGACGUCAAGUCUAGUUGGGCUAAUUUUAAGGAGUGAAGUACAUACUUGAAGUACGGCGGUAUGUAGAGGAACUUGCAGGGUGCUUUUUUUUGUUUUGUUUAGUUUUUUGUUCUGUAUAUUUAAAUCAGAUUAAUUCUUUUUCGUGCACUGUGCUUGGUUUAUUAUUAUUAUUAUUAUUUUUAACUUUAACCUUGUAGUUUAACACAAAACUAAGCCAGUACAAGGUUAACAAUUUCCUCUUUUUUUUACUUUGCUUGUAAGCCAGCUGUGGGUUAUUUGCUGUUUAAUAGCUAGUUUUUGCUCUGACAGUGCAGAGAAAGCACAUCAUCCCAUCAGGUGUUUUUAAGCUUUGAGGGCUUGACCUAAAGAAGUGCUUGUAUUGUUAGAUACCACAGAAGAAGAAAAAAAACGUGCCAAAACCUGAACCUCCAUCCACUCCUGUGCAUCCAGCUUGCUGGUUGGCGGCACGCCGGGACGAACGAGGGAUGUUUUUUCCUCUGUGUCUGUCUCUCUCUCUCUCUCUUUUUCUUUUCCUUUCUCUCAGGACAAGCCUAGAUCAACACUGUACUCGAGCAGACUGCUACUGUAUGUUGGACCAAACAGGCAUUUGCAUUAUUGCUGUUUUUCCUGUUUUUCAGUGAGCGAGUAUUUAUGAGUGUAAGUGUAUUACAUGGCCUGUGCCAAUGGUGGUGUUUAAUUUUUUUUUUUAAGAAGAUGAACAGGAACGUUUAUACUGUGAGUCCUGCUCUCAAAGGAACAGGCACUUUAUAAGGUCAAAGCUUUUGAAAGUUUACCACCUUUUUUUUUCCGCUUCCGAUAUUAUUGAUUGUUUUUCAUUUGUAAGCCAAUGCAUGCCAAAAUUGUAUUUUGACAAAAAUAUGUGCCUUUCUACAUAUCUAUUUUAAUAUUUCUAUGUUGCUUGGUUGAAAAGUACUGGGCUGGCUGGCCCAAUAGCGCUAUAACAAGACUCUUCUAACACUCCACCAUCCUACAACCCCCUCCCCCAACUGGCUCUGCCAUCGUUCUGUGAAUGGACAUUUUUGAGACAACCAAUAAAAUCUCAGUAAAUAAAACAGUUCAGUACCAGA